CUCACACCUCCAUCAAUUCAGCCACAUCUCUACUUUGUCUACCCUCGUCUACCUCAUUCCUCAACAUGCGACCUCUCACUUCUAUUGUUAUCUUACACGCUCUAUGUUUCGUCUAUGCUGCACACCUUGGUGAACUGAGUCAUGGCCGCGUAUCUGAUCGAAACAUCAAAGCCGUUCCUGAUCUGAAGCCUCCCACCCCGCUUAUCUCAAACUCGAACACGAACGAUACAGACCACGCCCAGACGCGCCAGAUUCAUAAUGCCGAUUACAGCACUAGUCAGAAACCCGCUACGCAAAAUAGCGACUCAAAUUCUACCACUCCUGCAGAAUCCUCGUCGCCACAUCCUUCAAAGGACUCGAGUCAAGAUGAACACCAGAAACGCGAGCCCCAUCGUCACCUAACUCCAAGCGAGAAAGAAGCUGGGUUCAGCUCUCAAUCUCGCGCGGUGCAGAGUGCCCCGAUCCAUCCUGGUCCACGUUCUAUGGGAUUUGUUCAUGCACUAUCCGGGCGUGCUUUCGCGGCCAACACAGGCGGAAGUCGUGCUGUCUCUUCCAGGCCUGUCGCAUCGCCUCCUGCAGAGUCUCCAACUCUCAAGCAAUCAGAGGCACCUGGCAUGCUCGAACAAAUGGUAUCCUCGGCGCCGCAUAAACGUGACGCACCACUUGAUCCACUUGAUGCCCUUAUUUCACCUCCCGCUGCCAAACGCGCUAGUCCACCAGCGUCUUCAUCUACACCUUCCUCGCCACUUGUGUCUUUACCUCCUGCCUUUACACCCCCUCCUCUACCAAGCGGUGCUCCACACUCAAUGACUCCCAAGCGCGAUGUUACCACUCUAUCCGAAACUCUAUUGUCUCGCUGGACUUCGGCAUUUAACAAUCGUGCAGUUAGCCUGGACACGCCACAGCCUAUAGCAAGCAAGCAAAUUUUUGUCCCCGGUUCUCCGCGGUUUGCUAGAAGGUGGUUGGAAAUUCGCAGAGAACUGAGAGCUGACGGCGGUCGGAAGAUGAAGAAGAUCAGGAAACCGUUGAAUUGUUCAUGAUAACUCCUUUUGGGAUGCCUUGAUACAAAUAUAUGCGCGCUUCGCGCUGUACUUCUAUGGUGUUGUACCGAUCUCCCUAUAUCACUUCUACGUAUCCUCCAGCCAAUGCCUACUCGUUCUUUAAAAGAUUAGUAUGAUGUUUGUACGC